AACGGCGGUUUGGGUCUUCGAGAGCGAAAUGGUGGCUGAGGGCUGCCGGGCAAUGUGGUGGUUGUAUAGCAGCUUUUGAUCGACGCUCUUGGACUGGCUGUGGGUUCGAGGUGUGAUCAACUGCAAUUGAGAUGUUCCAUUGUAAUUACUGUGAUUUGGGGACGGCGUGCAUUGAUGAGCUAGAUAUUCACAUUCUAGAGACACAUACUGACUUUCAGUCUACUGACUGUCCUCCUGACAAAUUAUCCAAUCAGAUUUUUCCAGUUUCGACAUGCUCCGAUUUACAAUCCAAUCAGCCUGACAUGCAGAUAUCUGUCAAUCCUGGACAAGGCUCGAGAGUUGGGAACAAGAGUGACUUGAAUGAGGAUUUGAUCCACAGCAGUCAUGUUAUUCUGUCAGUUGACCAUUUCCAAAUGAGUGGUGAGUAUCCUUAUGGAUGCAAAGCUUUCAAGGAAUAUAUGAAUCCCUCUUGUGAGACAGUUGGGAAAUUAGGAACACUAGAAGAUUCAAACAAACAAGUUGCUCAUUCCAACACAAAUGGAACAUUUGCCAUUGAGCAGGUGACGGAUGUGUAUAGUAUUGCAUGUGACAAUGAAUGCAAUAAACCCAACAUUUUCAACAAGGAGUCAGAAUUAGAUCAGUGUCUGCUGAAGGACACUACUUUGCCCUUCAAAACUGCUGAGGAACCGGAAAUGACAAACCUGGGUCACACACAACUUCAUGAAACUACGUUGGGAGUAACUAAGGAAACGGAUCUGCGUGAAAGUUUGUUGUUUUUACCUCUGGAUGGAGGAUGGAAUAUGCUGCCAAAACAGACUAAUCCUGAUAAACCAAACAAAGAUGGGACGGAAAUGGAAGUAGAUGGAAAAUUAGUUGCAGAGACUGGUAAAAUGUCCUGUUUGUGGUGUGAAUGCGACACAUUCAACAAACAAUGCUUUGAAGGUCAUACAAAAGAACAACAUAGUUACUUUGGAAGUGACGAAGAGACUCCAAUCUCCACAAUGGAGCUAGAGUACUUAGGAUGUAAAGAACAGGACUUCAAUUCUCAAGUUGAUUCAAUGAAUUAUGCUUCUCGGAAUGCAGAGACAAUAGUGAGAGAGAGUGAACUGUGUAGAACUGAAUGUGAAAACCGUCUCUCAAAAAGCAAUUCAGAUAACAUCUCAAUAACUGGUGGUCGCAAACCUUCCAAGAAUAUGCGACAGAAAUCUGUAACACAUCCUACUUUUCGGCAAAAUGUCAGAAGAAUAUUAAAACUUAAAAACAGCCAAACUGUAUUCUACGUGAAACGACUAUGUUUGUUUCAUUGUGUUAUUUGUCGAUUUCAUACUUUGUACCGUCGUUGUGUCUUGCGCCAUGUGAGAAGAAUGCAUCAUAACCACAUUAGAAGUCCUAAACUGAAAGGCUGUGUUAGGUUUUCCAAUGGUUUAAGUACACUGAAACUUUGUAAAAAGGAUUGCACUUUAAAAAAGUUAACUUUGAAAAGGGGUCCACUGCCCUUGGAAAGAAAGUGUUCCCGAGUACUCAAACCAGAUAGGAGUGUAAGAAGUGAAAAUGUAAAUUUGAUGCCUUUUGUUGCAAAUCCAUCAGUUUGCCCUAGUAAAUCAGAUAUUACUGAAUCUAAAAAUUGCUUAAGAAAGCAACAUAUUAAUCCACGUCAUGAAGCAUCAUUGGUCCAACAGAUUAAUGAUCAAAUUCAAUUUUCAGUACCUUAUCUUCUGGCUAAUGAUUCAGAUGUUAAAACAAGUUCAGAAAUACCUAAAGAUCCUCCAGGAGCUACUUCACAUUUUUCACCGUUAAUGACUUCUUUUGAGAAGAUAACCUAUGGUGAUCUGAAUAUUAAAACUCUGCCACCUUCUAGUAAAUGCCUGGCAUUGGAAGCCAUAGUGGAAAACCUGAAAAGUCGUGUGGCAUCACCAAUCAAAUGCAGGCCAACAGUUGCAUUGCUCAAUGAUCGAAUAGCAAAGCCCAGACGGAGCAUUCCAUUUUGUCGAACAACAGAGGAGCAGCAGGCUAAGUGGGUGAUGGAGGCAUAUAGUUUCUUAAAGCAACAGAAGAUUGAAAGAGCUGCUGAGUUUUCCUCCUGUGAUGAUGAUGAUUGUCUCCUUGAUGCAAUGGCUGAAAUUGAAGUUGUGCUAUCUGAUACAGAUGAUGAUAACAGUAACUAUUCACAAGUUUGUCGAAAUUAUGGAACUUCAAAUGUAAACUUUGCAAAAGCAACAGAAGACAAAAGAGAAAUUCUCAGUCUUGCGUCAAGUGCAAAAAUGGAACCAGGAAAUGUUUGUACUCGGUUGAACAAAUGUGACAUCUGUCCUUUUUCAAGUUCUAAUAUUAUGUCAGUUCUGUCACACUAUCAUAGACAACACCCUGAAGAAAACAUACCUUACCACAGGAUCCAGAAAUAUAGCUGUAAGAUGACCGUGCAGACGGGAUUAGAUUUACCUUUGCCCAAGCACAGUUUAUUUUGGUUUGAUUCUAAAUCUGCUGAUUCGGUUAUCCCUUGCUUUACUGGAUCUUCAGCAUUGUGUUUCUGUGAACAUUGUUCAUUCAGUGGAGACUGGGUUUCUUUAUUUGAGCAUUACCAAAAAUCUCAUACAUCUACAAACAUAACUAAAUAUGGGGGACAGAAAGAGUCAGAGAGAAAAAAUGUCAGCAAUUUACAGGUUAGGGCUCCAUUAGCUUCCACUUCUAGCAGUGAGCCACAGGUGGUGUUUCAGUGCCAGCUCUGUAAUUUUACCUGCUCAUCAAGACGAGUCAUUUGUCGACACUAUUGCAUCAGGCAGAGUGUUACUUGUGCUCAAGUUGAAGACUUUGAUAUUCUUUACAAAUGUGCCUUGUGUGUGUAUACUCAUUUAACUCAGGAAGGCCUCAUUAAUCAUUAUCUCGUAUACCAUGAUAUUGAACCUCAAUUUAGCUCUCGUGGAAUCAAGACAGGCCAGAAUGAACUUGUCUCAUUCGUAUCCAGUGAUGAGGAUCUGAAGGCUGGUAUGGAAAAACAGAUAUGUAUGCUAUGUUCAUUUAAGGCUAUUACUCAAAAAGAACUUUUGUUCCAUUAUAAAUUACGACAUCCAAGAUUUUAUUCCCAAAAUAGGUGCACUAUUGAAUGUAAAAAUCAUGCCAAUUUGCAUAUAACAAACCUAGAUCCACAAUUUUGUGAAGCAAAACAUUUCAAGAAUGGAAGUGAAUGUGUAAAGACUAUGUUGGAGUGGGGAAUGAGUGUGGUCAAUACCAAGGAGCCUUCAGCCUUUGGUGAUGGCAGUGAACUUGAAUUGAUCAACUGUAAAAGAGAUCGAGACUUAAUAAUGGCAGUGCCUGCCAGAGAACACCCGAGAAAUCAAAACAACAGCCCAAUCCAUUAUGGGCAGAAGGUCACCAUGGCUGCAAACUCAUUAGAUGUAACAAGAUUGCCAUCUAAACAAUUUCCACUGAACAGACCUGGAAGUCGGAGCUUAGAAUACGACCUAAUGCCAGGAAAGCAAAAUGUUGACAGCAGUGACAUUUUUUGUGAAUUUGGUGAUCCUGUGAAUAAAAUCACAGUCCAGGAAUCUAUAUUUGGUGCUGAAGAUGACUGGCAACAACGAGACCUGGUAUGA